AUGUUCAAAAAUGAAUAUCAGGGUGGCCCAUUUGUUGAAAUCUUCAGUGCUCAAGGCAAGAACACUGGGACCAAAUGGAAAAUUUCUGGCAAUCCUUCAGUAAUAGGGAAAGAAUAUGAUAAGGAGGUGAAAGGUUUUGUCUUUGUGCUGGAAGGAAGCGGUCAAACCAAUAAGAUGCAGCUUCCGAAAGAAACUAAGCAAACUCUUGGACUGAUCCAGCAAUUUUUGGUACUUCAAAUUUACGUACCACUUGGACAAGAUUUCUCAGCCGAGUUACUGAUAACUGAUUUAGGAAAUAUUAAAAGAAGAUUGUAUUUAUCGACGAUCCACAAAGAAUUGUCUAUAACCCCUCUGCAUGCAAAAAUCCCUCUCCUUAUGAUCAAGCGCAAAAUUUGGUGCAAUUUGUGCAUUGACCUGGUGACAUUUACCAGUGAGAUAUUCAAAGGCGCUGUUUUUCAGUCUUUGGAUGGCAUUAUUGUUUCAGCCAACUGUAAACUGCGAAAAAUCUUCACACUGAAGUCAAACCCCCUGAACCCCACAGAUGACGACGCUGAUGGACCAAGAGAUACGAUUCCUCGAGCCUGUCAGUUAAAUGCAGAUGUGCCGCAAGUCACACAGCUGCUGAACAUGAAGAAGCUGCGCCAAACAGAACAAAAAUGUAGAGGCCGACCUUUAAAUUCUCCAGAAUUAGUUGAACCUCCAACAACCCGAUCAUCAGCUACUAUACGUAACAGUAAGAGUCAAGAUAUAUCCCACAUUGCAUUUGGAUCUAAAGUCCUUGGACCACCACCUCUCUCAGGCCGAAGACUCACAACAAGAGCAUCUGGGGAGAUCACAAAAUCAGGCAUUAGGACAAAAAGGUCAUGCCAAAUGCCAAGUUUGGAAAAGAGAACAGAACCAGUACACGAUACAAUAAUGACUGAACAGUCUCCAUCAUCUCUCAAUAUGGCUUUAGAUGCAAAAAAUAUGCAAAACAUCUGUAACACAAAUCAAGUUUCCCUGGACAAGGAUGAAUGGAUAUUUCCUGACAAAGAAAACUCUCAAUUGGAAUCCAGCAGUCCUCUGCCGAUAGCCUAUGAAACAUCCCAUGAUGUUUCAGGCUCUGUCCCAAGUGACGACCAGACAUAUGAAAGCAAAGAAGCAGCUGAAGUCCCUGAGGAUAUUUUCACCUACUCCUCAAAACCUAGAUCAGCGCCGCAUGGAAAUCCCUUGAGUCUUUCUUCAGAAGAUUGCACUUUUUCUUUGGAUUUGAAGGAAGAAAUUAGCAAGGAGUGGCGAGGAGCUCAAAUGGAAGAUGACUUCUAUGGAAAUGAGAGCAAUGGAGAGGAUGAUAGUUACAUGGACCUCGUGCAAGAGGCUCAAGAUCUUCCAAAUAACUAUAUCACAUCAGGAUUACCUCAGCCAGCAAUAUCCAAGGAGAUUCUUCCCAAAAGUCCUGAAAGCAGGACAUACAACUUCUGUACAAAAAAGACCGAAGAAGAAAUAUCACCCCAGUGUACUGAAGAUGCUGUUGUGAUAAUGGACAAAGCAAAUAACAUUCAAAGAAGCUUGUUGCCCACUUCUUGUUUAUCCCCAAUCAGAAACCUGUCUAAACCCUGCAAGGAAAUAUCUAGGGUCUCAAAAUGUUUCUCCAUCAGCGCGUUAAGAAGUUCCAUAAGUAGAAAAUCCCUAAAAGAAAUCCAGCAGGAGGACUCAAACCCAAUAGUCCAAAUUCCUGAAUACAAUUGGAAAGACUACCAGCCAAGCAACAUGACCAUGUCUGAAAUGCAGAUGUUGGCCAGCAUGAAAAGGCAGCAAAAUGAAGAAUUAGAACAUAAUGGACCUUCACAUGGGUUGAGCGCCUCUCAGAUCAACAAUUGUAAUAUUAGCAUCAGCACAAGCAGUGACGACACGAACACUUGGAAUUCAUGUCUCCCAGCACCUGUUAAUCAAGGAAGUCACUAUCAGAAAGAAAUGAAUCCUCUUUCUCAGUCCAACCCAAGGGAUUGGCUACAAGUCUUCAGCCCUCCUAUCAUUCCUCCUAGCCAACAGGUGGCAGAAUAUACCAAAGCCUCAGCAAACAUAAGUGCCCAAGGUGAAGGUGAAGGGAAGGAAGACGAUGAAGUUCUGACUCUCCUGUACGACCCAUGCCUAAACUGCUACUUUGAUCCUGAGACUGGAAAAUAUUACGAGUUGGCAUAG